UUUCCCAUGGUUCAACGAUGGUCCGUCUGCAGUGAUGUAAAAAGGACUUGCUUACAUGAGACAACGUAAAGUGUGCGUAUGCGUACGGGUUGGGUUGUGUCUAUUGGCGUUUGUGUGUAUCUCUGUGUGUGUAUGCGUGAUCUAGCUCUCAUUGGGGCACGGAGCCGCCGCAUCCCCCAUCGCAGUGGCAAGAGCAGCUGCAUCGCCGACUCGGGCUGGGCUGCAGCGGCGGAAAGCCAAGGCGUCACCGACAUGCACGGAUUAUCACUUCACUGCUGUUGAAACGUGAUCUAAAGGGUGUUUACGAGCGACAACGUGUGUAUGAUUUCAUUCAUUGGUUAUUGUGUGCGGCUAGCGCUGUCUUUUGUUUAUGAAAUUUUCGCAGCAGAGAUUCGGGGGGAGAGUAAAUAUGCUUACAGUAGACGCAGCAAAUACAGUCUACCAUCGCGUGAUGCCUUAUGACAGCUGAUUUGAUCAGUCUCGUGAGCAAGGUUUCAGAUUUUUGUUGUUGACACCCCGGAAUCAAAGAAGAAAAUGUCCAAAACCAAGAAUUGUGAGACGGUAAAGGUGGUGGUUCGGUGCCGUCCGCUCAACCAGAAGGAGGAGGCGGCUGCUUACGAGAAUGUCGUUGACAUGGAUGUAAAAUUGGGACAGGUCGCGCUGCGGAACCCCCGGGCCGCCCCCGGCGAGCUCCUCAAAUCCUUCACCUUCGACGCAGUGUAUGAUGCCAGCUCGAAGCAAGGCGACCUGUACGACGAGACUGUACGGCCGCUCAUAGACUCAGUUCUUCAAGGCUUCAAUGGCACCAUCUUCGCCUAUGGCCAGACUGGCACUGGGAAGACAUACACCAUGCAGGGCCAGUGGCAGGAUCCGGAGAAGCGCGGUAUCAUCCCUAACACGUUCGAACACAUAUUCACGCAUAUAUCUCGCUCACAGAACCAGCAGUACCUGGUGCGCGCCUCCUACCUGGAAAUUUACCAGGAGGAGAUCCGGGACCUUCUCGGUAAGGACCACAGCCGCAAGCUGGAGCUCAAGGAGAACCCGGAUUCGGGGGUCUACAUCCGUGACUUAUCCUCCUUCGUUACAAAGAAUGUCAAAGAGAUCGAGCAUGUAAUGAACGUGGGCAACCAAACGCGCUCCAUUGGUUUCACAAACAUGAAUGAGCACAGCUCGCGCUCGCAUGCCAUCUUUCUCAUCACGGUGGAGUGCAGUCAGAUGGGGCCCGAUGGGCAAAACCACAUUCGGGUGGGCAGGCUCAACCUGGUGGACUUGGCAGGCAGCGAGCGGCAGGCCAAGACCGGCGUCCGGGGAGAACGUCUGAAAGAGGCCACCAAGAUCAACCUGUCACUGUCAGCGCUGGGGAACGUUAUCUCAGCGCUGGUGGACGGACGCAGCUCACACGUCCCUUACCGCGACUCCAAACUCACGCGGCUGCUCCAGGACUCCUUGGGCGGCAACGCCAAAACACUGAUGGUGGCCACCCUUGGGCCGGCUGCCUACAACUACGAGGAGAGCCUCACCACGCUACGCUACGCCAACCGCGCCAAAAACAUCCGCAACAAGCCGCGCGUCAACGAGGACCCCAAAGACGCUCUUCUGAGGGAAUUCCAGGAGGAGAUCGCCAGGCUGAAGGCCCAGCUGGACAAGCGAGGGGUCUUGACAAAGGAGAGAAAAGAGAGGAAGAUGAAGCGAAUCACAGAGGAUGGGGAGUCUGAUGGAGAGCUGAAAGAUGAAGAGGAGGAGGACGAGGAGGAGGUAGAGGAGGUAGAGGAGAGCAGUGUGGAGAAGGAGGCCAGGGCCUAUGUGCAACAGCAACAGGCGAGACUGGAGCAGGAGAAGGCAGCCAUCAUGGAUGACCGCAGCCUGGUGGCGGAGGAGAAGCACAGGCUCCUGGAGGAGAAGGAGAAGAUGGUGGGAGACUUGAGGAAGGAGCAGGAGGCCGCCGAGCUUCUUACCACUAAAGUCAAGGCACUGGAGAGCAAGCUCCUGGUUGGGGGGAAGAACAUCAUGGAUCACACCAACGAACAGCAGAAGAUGCUGGAGCUUAAGAGGCAGGAGAUUGCAGAACAGACACGCAGCGAGAGGGAGAUGCAGCAGCAAAUGCUGGCUCAGGAUGAGGAGACCCUGGAGCUCAGAGAGACCUUCUCCUCGCUGCAGCAGGAGGUGGAACUCAAAACCAAGAAACUCAAGAAGUACAAAAAGUUGUAUGCAAAGCUGCAGGCAGUGAAGGCUGAGAUCCAGGACGUGAACGAUGAACAUGUGAGGACCCGGCAGGAGCUAGAGCAGACUCAGAAUGAGCUCACCAGAGAGCUGAAAUUCAAAUACCUGAUUAUUGAGAACUUCAUCCCACCUGAGGAGAAGAACAAGAUCAUGAACCGCCUGGUGUUCGACACCGAGGAGGACCAAUGGAAGUUCCAACCCCUCGUUCCUUCAGAAAACAAACACACUCAGAUGAAGAGGAGACCGGCCUCCGCGGUGGGCUACAAGCGACCAAUCAGCCAGUACGCCAGGGUUGCCAUAGCGAUGGGAGCCCAUUCCAGAUAUAGGGCGGAGAAUAUCAUGAUCCUGGAGCUGGACAUGACCCCACCCACCAUGUUCCAGCUGGAGUUCGCCAAGGCAGGUGCAGAGGCCGAGCCGAACAGGGAGCUGCACCUGGACAACGCCACCUACCGGGAGAGGUCCACUGCCCCACGGGUCAGGAAGUCCCGCUCAUGGUGCCAGGCCCCUCGAGCGCUGUCCUCAUCCCCCUCCACUCUCUCGCUGGCGUCCUCAGGGUCUCACAGCCUGCCCCAUCCUCACAGCUCCACGGCAACCAAAGUCCACCAAUGAGAGGAGAGGAACCCCCGCCUCCUCCUGCCUGUGUAACUUCACCGCACCAGCGAGGAGUGAUUGUGAACGGUUUAUAACCUCUGAGGAAACACAGAUUGCUUAAUGCUUCGUCAUGGUGUCAGGCGUCCACAGAGUUACUUAAUGCUUUGUCAUGGUGUCAGCGUCCAUUGAAAUCAACUGGACAUUUCCUCUCUUCUUCAUCAUCAGUCUUCUACUUCCCCUCUUUCUACCUAUCUCUCUCUCUCUGUCUCUCUCUCUCUAUCUCUCUCUACCUAUCUCUCUCUCUCUGUUUCUCUCUCUGUCCUCCUCUCUCUCUCUCUCUCUCUCUCUCUCUCUAUGUAUAUUUCUUGUCCUCUGUUCCUCUCUCACAGACCUGUGAUGACUUGAACAGCCGUGUGGAACUGCCAGCCAACGUUGUGCCUGGUGGAGGCCUUCAUGAUUCCACUCUCAUAACACAAACAGCCACUUGCUAUUUGACACUCUUGCGUUUUGUACAUUACCUCGAGUUUUUUUUUAGGCAAACACAUCUUUUCUCCAGGCAAAUGAAUAAUGUUUACCAGAAAAGGGACCUAAGUCCCAUCAACGGAUGCACCAACACCAGAGAUAUCCAGGUCACAGCCUUCAGCCAAGUGUGUGUGUGGGGGGUCAACCAUGAGAAACCUACCAAAGUCCACCAGGAGAGGAGCUGGAGUUGCCAUUUUUAUUUGAACAAACAACUGAACUGCUUCCCCAACAUGCAUGGCACUAGGGGAGUCCUGGUGCCGUGUGUAUGACAUUUGGGGAUUUGAGGUGUGACGCUGGAGUUUAGUCACAGUACUCUGACCUCGCUGUGACCUCCACUCCCCCGCGUUGACCUCUGAAUUGUACAGAAAGGACCAAAAGAAGAAGGAUUUUGGAUUGUGGAUGUAAACAAACUCCCAAUCUCACAACUCCUUUUUCUCAUUUUGUCUAUCUCUCUGUCUGUCUGUCUCUCUCUCUCUCUCUCUCUCUCUCUCUCUCAAUCUAUCGCUCUCUUUCUGCAUGUCUUUUGUGUCUUUGUGAAUCUGGUCUGAACUGGUUUUGUGAGUAGCUGGUUUGCUGUAAGCCAGACAGUGGGUAUUUUAAUGAAUUCUGGGGCUUAAACCUUUAAUAAUUGCUUAACCUUGGUGACAACUGGAGGUGGCUCUGGUAUACGGCAAUAUCUUUUGAAAGUGCAGUGGAACUAACAAUAACUCACACACAUAAAAACACACAUCGCUGAGCGGUAACAGCCAUGCAGAAUAUCUUUGUGCUGAAUGCCCCCUGUUCUGUAAUUAAUGUACAUAAUGGAAAUGUUUUCUUGUCUUUUUUUUUGUUAUGAAAUCCUAUUGACAUUGUAUAUUCAGAUAUGUGUUAAAAUAUGAUUAGCGACAUAAAGAGUUGCAGUUGGA